CACCUAGUCCCACUGUGCAGUACUGGCGCCCUUCCGCACCCCCCGCCUGGCCGGCGAGUCGUCGUGGGGCUGCUGUGACGUUUCCUCCGGCACGCGGUCAGGCGUCGCGGGCAGCCACGGGGGCCUGAGGCAGCGAUCGGGCGCGGCGACGGAUCGAGCGGCCGCUGGCCGGGGUGUCUGGGCUGUGGAGCUGGUGAGCGGCUGGGGGUGGCGACAUGCCGCUCUUCGCACCUAACCCCUUCGAGCAGGACGUAGAAAAAGCCACAAAUGAAUGUAACACCAGUGAGGACUGGGGUCUUAUUAUGGACAUAUGUGACAAAGUUGGAAGUACUCCUAAUGGAGCAAAGGAUUGCCUUAAAGCCAUCAUGAAGAGGGUAAAUCAUAAAGUUCCCCAUGUGGCUUUGCAAGCACUUACACUUCUAGGAGCCUGUGUAUCAAACUGUGGGAAAAUAUUUCACUUAGAAGUAUGUUCUCGGGAUUUUGCUAGUGAAGCUCGAGGUAUAAUAAAUAAGGCCCAUCCAAAAGUAUGUGAAAAGCUAAAAACACUAAUGGUGGAGUGGUCAGAAGAAUUUCAGAAGGACCCACAAUGUAGUUUAAUAUCUGCAACUAUUAAGUCUUUAAAAGAAGAAGGUGUAACUUUUCCUGCAGCUGGAUCUCAGGCUUCUACAAAUGCUGCUAAGAAUGGUUCAUCAUUAAGUAAAAACAAAGAAGAUGAAGAUAUAGCUAAAGCUAUUGAAUUGUCUUUGCAAGAGCAGAAACAGCAACAAAUGGAAACGAAAUCCUUGUACCCGUCUGCAGAAAUUCAGCAGAAUAAUCAGAACUCGAGGAAGGUGCGAGCUCUGUAUGACUUUGAAGCUGUCGAGGACAAUGAACUCACCUUUAAAAGUGGAGAAAUUAUUUUUGUUUUGGAUGACAGUGACACCAAUUGGUGGAAAGGUGAAAAUCACAGAGGAGUAGGACUGUUCCCAUCUAAUUUUGUGACUUCUGACUUAAAUGUGGAACCUGAGGCAGCAACUGUGGAUAAAAAUUCUGGUCCUGAGGAUACUACAGAAGAAAUUAAGAAAGCAGAGCCUGAGCCAGUUUAUAUAGAUGAGGAUAAGAUGGAUAAAACACUGCAGGUACUUCAGAGUAUAGAUCCUACAGAUUUAAAGCUUGAUUCUCCAGAUCUUCUAGACUCAGAAGAUAUUUGUCAACAGAUGGGUCCAAUGAUAGAUGAAAAGCUAGAAGAGAUAGAUAGGAAGCAUUCAGAACUAUCAGAAUUGAAUGUAAAAGUUCUAGAAGCUCUGGAGCUCUAUAACAAACUGAUGAAUGAAACACCAAUGUAUUCGGCCUACUCAAAACUCCACCAUCCUGCACAAUACCCACCUACCUCUUCUGGUGUUUCAGUGCAGUCAUAUCCUGUGCAGCCACCUAGUGGAAACUACAUGAUCCAGGGUGUUCACCAAGUCACCAUUUCCCCGGGCUAUAGCCUAGGACCAGAUCAGAUGGGGCAGUUGAGGUCUCUGCCUCAAAGUAUAAAUUCUUCUGGAGCAACUCAGCCAGCUCAAGCUACAUAUUUAAGCCCAGGACCAGAUUCUGUGUUAAACCAACCAUACAUGAACCAGAACCCCAGCCUUCCAUCGGCUGCCAGCACAGCUGCAUACACCCAGCAGCAGCAGAUGGGAGUGUCGGUGGAUAUGUCAGCUUACCAGAAUAGUGCAUCAGGCUUACCUCAAGGACCAGGUUAUCCUGUAGCAGUUCCUGCUCAUUCUGUUCUACAGCAACAAGCAAAUUACCACCAACAGCCUCUUCUUUAAAAACAAACCAGCUCGUAUUUCUGAAUUAAUGAAUAAAGGUUGCCUGACCUUGUGAUUUUUAUGAAUACCUGUCACGGGAUAUCAAGAUACAUUUUCCUUUUAAAUAACCCAAUUCACUGCAUUAGGGUAAUGCAGAGUAAAAGUAUUGAUCAGAUCUGAUUGUUAAGCAUUUGCAUAAAGCUAGCUUGAACUAGAUUAGCUGGUGGCUUAAAAUAAUUUGAGAUUACUUUGAGCCCUUACUUCAGUGCUUUCAGAAAGUGCCACGUGUGAAUCUUAAGUUAAAAGACUGUCCAAACAUAAUUUUCCUAUAAAUGUGUUUCUGAAAACUUGAGGAUACUUAAUUAUUGUCAUGUGUUACUCUCAUUUUGCAUUCCCUCCUUUGGUAUCUUAACUAUAAUCCUUCUAUCCAAGUGGCUAUAGAGAAUCUCUGCAGAUUUAGAGACCACCUUCUCUCUGUGCUGCUGUAGUGAGCUUCACAAUAUGAUGUGCACUGCAUAAUGGGAACAACUGUGCAAGUUCAGCAGUUGAGAGCUGGAAGAGAAAAUGAUUUGAUAUUGUGACAGUGGGGACCAUGUACCCACAGGAAUAGGAGAAAUGAGAUUUUACAGUGCUGCCUGGUAGAUCUCUGGAGAACUUCUGAUGUGUUUCUCUUGAAGAAAAUAGGUGGGGGUUUGCUAAAAUGGGCCUGCAUCUUUCAGCAGAGGUAGUACUGCAAGCACAAGUCUCCUUUGCGAAUGCAGGAAGGGAUGCUUCCAGCUGACUGCGUGGGCACUAUGUGGAUACAAGGUGCUGAGCCAGAAACUUGUACAGAAUAUCUUUUCCUUUUUGGAUGUAUGUAGAAGUGAAGGAGUGUUGUAGUUCCUUGUGAUAAAGGAGGGGGCUCAAGAAUGUUUGAAGUUUAAGGCUGUGAGAAUCUACCUUGCUACCAUUCUAAUGGGGAGCUCAAUGGAACAGAAAUCAUCUUUAUGGGACCAGAAGGUUCUUGCCUCUUGAAUUUCCUUUCUCUGCCACCAUGUUUAAAUAAACACUCAUUGCAGUCAGUGAAACUUACACCAUUUGGAAAAGGUGCAUGUGUGGCACCUAAUACGUGUGCACAAUACAUGUGUGUUGUGACCGGGAUUAUGCUCCUCAUUUAAUACAAUGAGUGGUUGCAUAUUGAAAAUGACAGACGUGUCUUUGGGAAAGGAAUUGCCUCGGAACUGUGGAAAUGCAGCAUUUGGUGGCUAAGAAAAGAAAUUGAAGAAUUUUUUCCCUGAUGCACUUUUUUAAGGGGUGGGGUUUGUACAAGUGGAGCAGAUGGGCUGAAUUAUGUUUUGGGAAUGUGGGACUUCUUUCUUAAAUGUUUCAGCCUCUGAAAAAGAAAAAAAUCACUUUGUUCUAGUCACCUACUCACUUCAGCAUAGUCAUUUAGACCUAUUGUAAUGGUUUUAUGAUAAGCAAUAAUCUUCAGAUUGGAAAAAUAAUGGAAGCAAAUCAUGGAUAAAACAUCUUGGUUAAAUGCAUGAAGCUCCCAGAUGUGUAAACAAGCAUAUUUUGUAUAUGAGUUCUCUACCAAAUUGGGACUAUCAGAUUCCAGACUGUUGACAUGUAAUAAAAAUCACCCUCUGCUCAGCAGCACCCGCAUUUCUUUUACAUUUUAUUAUUUGUCAUCACAACCUUAUUCAUUUGCAGCCUCAUGCUUUACACAUGAAGGUAUUCAGUACCUGGUCUUGAAGUAAUUUUUUUAUUUAAAUUUUGUGCAAUUGGAAGGAAGUUUUUUUCUUUCCUUUUGACAUGACUUUGUCUUUCUCCUUCCCCUGGAAGUAGCCAAGUAACACAUGUUGAAAUACUGAAGUAGUUUGAUGGCUUGUUCCUUGCAUUCUCUAAGGAAAAAUAAUUAAUUUCAAAGCUGCUGUUCAAAUUUCUCAUUGUUUGGAGUUUUUUUUGUUUACUUUGUUCCAAGUUGAUGCUAGUCAAACUAAACUUUGGUGUCAUUCAUAUAGAUUCUCCAUGUUUGUUAGUAAAUUGAGAUUAAGGUGGAUAUUUUUAUUGGAUUCAAAACUUUGGUCCAGCAGACAUACUGAGUAACCUAAAUUGAGAUCACUAGACAUGUAAUUUGGUGAUGUUCAGUUAAUAAUUAAAUAUAAAUAAUGUAUAUACUCAUUUGUCUGAGAUUUUCUACACAGCUACAUAUAUGCAUACCCUUAAAGCCUGACAUUUUAUGAAAGCAGGAUUUGUCAUCCUGUCAUCUCUAUAUUCCUAAACCUGUGAUACAGAACUUGUAGAUAGUGUAAAAUAAUUUAAUUAUUAUUAAAAUAGUGUAUUCAGAGGGGUUUGGUGUUAAUAGGAUCUGUUCUUUCUCUUCAUACUUCUAGACAUGAUCAUAUUUAUUUUUAAGGCCUGAUUAUAACUGAAUAUGCUGCCAAAGGAUUUAUCUAACUUCAGAUUUCUACACCAGGUUUCUACCUACUGUUUUAUAUCAGGAAUAAACAGGUAGAUAACUUCUGCUUUUUCAUAUAAACUUUAAUGGUUAACAUAAAAAUUUGUGCAACUUUAUAAUGAGAAUUUUAGUGUAAUGUAUUUGUGUCAUGGGUGUUAAAGAUAAACUUUCUUCUAGUAUGAGUUGGCACCUAUUAUGUCUCAGUUAUAGUCAGCUGAAAGCAACAACUCAAUUUGUCUGUAAUGCCACCACACAUUUUGAGACGUUGGUCUUUCAUCCAGCCAUAGUGCAACAAACACAUUGUCCAUUUAAUUUGGUACAGAAAUGACAACUUUACAAAGAUCAGAUUGUUUCCGUAACAAGUAAUGCUGUGUGCUCAUUUUGCUUUAGGUUUUGUUCAUAGAUGUUCAUGGACUUGGGGGACAGUGUAGAGCUUUUGAAGGCUGCCCCUUAACCAGGAGCACUGAGUGGGACAUGGCUGCAACUGCAGUCUCUUACAGGAAUCAGAAAAUUAUAUGAAGCUGAUUUUUUUUCAUUAUUAUUAUUUUUAUAUAUGCAUCUUUUCUAAGAAGUCACUACUCUUGCUUACAUUGAACACUGUAAUGUAUCUGUUGAAUCUUUUGAAUUUAUGGCUCAUGCCAGUUAAAUUUUACAUGAAACUGACUCAAAACUGUUUCGAAUUGAUCAGAAUAAAAAAUGAAGUAAAGGAAAUGCAGCCAGGGCAGGUUCUGAGCGUGUCUGACCUGGCACGGCUCUGGUUGGCCAGCAAGCAACCUGGCCACCAGCAGAUAGCACACCUGAAUUUCAGAUGAAGGUUGUGCUUCUCUCUGGUCUGGGAUUUACAGCAAAGAGGUAUCACAGUUCUUGCAGAAAAUUGUCCAAAAGAGUUUGCAGUAUUAAGGAAGAGUGGAUCUGUUUUGUUGCAAUAUCAUUUGGCCUCCUGUCUGCAAUACGUGUGCAUUUGCCUUGUGUGAAUUAAAGUUUGUUUAACGA